UUAAAGGAUCGGGCACAUGUCUUACAUAAGAAAACUUGAUGCAUAAUUGCCCAAAGAAUUCAUGCCUCCGGCGUAAACCGGCUUUAUCUCUCCCUCUCGCUUAACCAACAAUAUCACUCCACUUUUUUUGGUUUUUGUAUAUGGGUUCUGGUUUUUCAAGCAUCUUUUCGGACAACAAUGACAAAGCUCCGGCGAGCAGCAGCCUGCAGUGUUUGGGAGACUUGCCGGAGAACUUUUUAGCUAUGGUCCUCGAGCACUUUGACCCACCGGAGAUCUGUCACUUGGCCCUUGUGAAUCGUGCUUUUUAUCAGGCUUCUUGUGCUGAUUUACUGUGGGAGUCAAAGUUGCCGGAAAACUAUGGUGUUCUUAUCAAGAAACUGCUGAUGUUACACGAGGAUGAUAGCAGUUUCAGAUGUUUGCGUAAGAAAGAUAUAUAUAGUAGAUUGUGUUAUCCCAUUCGCAUAUCAAAUGGUACCAAGGAGGUCUGGAAUGAGAAGAAAAGAGGUGGAAUAUGCAUGCUUGUUUCUUGGAAAGGGAUGAAGAUAACCGGAAUACAUGAUCGGAGAUAUUGGACCCAUGUCUCUACUCUUCAAUCCAGGUUUCAUACAAUUGCAUACCUUAAACAAAUAUGGUGGCUAGAAGUUGAAGGAGAUAUUGAUUUUGAUUUCCCACCAGGGAAUUACAGCUUAUAUUUUCGUCUAUAUCUUGGAAAAGUAUCUCCAAGACAAAUCCAACAUGGUUCAUUUAACAAUGAUCAAGUCCAUGGUUGGGCAAUCAAUCCAGUAUGCUUUAGAUUUUGGGUUUCAAAUGGUGAGCAUGCCAUGUCUAAACAUUUUCUAAACGAGCAAGGCAAAUGGAUAUGUUAUCAUGUGGGAGAUUUUCUUGUUGAUCGUGACUGUAAUUAUGAAUCAACGAAGAUCAAGUUCUCAAUGACACAAAUUGAUUGUACUCAUCAAAAAGGAGGUUUGUCAUUGGAUUCUGUACUCAUAUGUCCUCGGGGAAUUAACACGUGUCACUUGGUUUGA